UCCCCAGUUGCGCGUUCAAAACCUGCUUCGGCCGCCAUCAUGGGCCAUGUUACGGCUGCUUUGCGCUGUUGCGGCCCUGAUGGGCACGGUCGGCUUCUCUCCCACGCGAACUCAUCUAUGUGUCUUCAUUCCCAUCAGUGGGCGGAGCAAGAAGGACGCUGCCCUGUCCUUGGCUGCCUUAGAGUCUUGGGCGAGAGAAGAGCUCCAACAGGCCGCAGGCCUUCCCCCGGCCUACUCCCAACCACUCCUCCCGGCGACCGACGAGUCGGAGGCGCCCAGGACGCCUUUGGAGCCCUACACGCUUCACGUGCCCGGCGAUUUGGAGGUCGACUACAAGCGGCUACCUGUCCGGAUCCUGAAGAUCUGGCACUUCUUGGGGCAGUUCGAUCACUGUGACUGGAUCAUGAAGGCAGAUUCCGACACCUACGUGAACUUGCGCGCGGUGGCGGAUCGGCUGAGCUGCUUCGACGGGCGCGAGGAGCACUUCUUGGGUGUGGUGCACGCGAUCGUGCCACCGCGACACCUGCGCGAGAUGUGGGCUGCGCUCUACUUCGGACAUGGCGGCUCAGGCUACGUGGUGAGCCGGGGGCUUCUGCCGAAGGUGGCCAACUGUGCGCCCGCCUGUUUGGAAGACAUGCUGGAGAUGACCAGGGGCGAUGCCAUGGAGGACGUGAUUUUUGCGCUCUGCCUGCAGCGGCAGCUGCAGAUCGAGGUGCAAAGCUAUGGCUUUUUGCGUCCGGCUGCGACGUCCAGCGACGUCGUCGAGCACUUCGCCGCGCAGGAGUUCGUGGUGAACUUCCACCAAGCGCGCGAUGAGCUGCUGGACGAGGAGCGCCGUCCGGGGGAGCCGCUGAAGCGCUUCCAGCAUUGGGAUGCACAGCCGCCGGCGCUCCAUGGAUGUCUUUUGGUGGCACAUCCCGUGGAGAAUGAGACCGACCUCCUCAAGGUGCACGCCCUGGUGGAACGAGACGCCCUGGCACAGCACCUGCGGCUCAAUGACCCGUGGUUUUACGGGCGGGAGGAAAAGGCGCCGGUGGAACUGCUGCAGGGCCUUCGAGCGGGGCGCGCCCGCUGUGCCCUGAGUCCCAUGGUGCUGGCGAAGCAGGCUGAGGUGCGCCUGAGCGCCCCGGGGGAUCGAGCCCCCAAGGCCUUUUGGUCGCCAGAUCAGCUCUCAAGCUUCUACACGUGUCUGGUGGAGGCAGCUGGUCCACCACGCCGUUGCGACUGGCAUCCGGUCUUUGAGCAGUACUUUGGCUUAAGCUUUUGGCCGGUCGCUCGAACGCCAGAGGACUGCGCCGAGGCGUGUUGCCGCUCGGGUGACGCUUGUUCCCUCUUCCAAUUCCAUGAGGAGGAAGGCUGCUGGCUGGGACGAAGGGAGGAGAGUCAGGCCAUCGAGAGCGAGAAGCGAUGGUACGGGGGCGUGAAGAUCUGAGCGUCAAAUGCCCGGUGCGUUCUGUGCUGUCGCGGUGCGGUGUUGCGGUGGGACGGAGACCUGUGAAAGGUCCGAAAGCAUCGGAAGCGUCGAACAAAUCGCGCAGCUGCGGUGGGACGGAGACCUGUGAAAGGUCCGAAAGCAUCGGAAGCGUCGAACAAAUCGCGCAGCGUCGUCGAACAAAGCGUUGGUCUGCAGACCUUGUCCCCUUCUUG